CGCGAUUUCUAUCGAUGUUUAAUCUUUUAUCCUGGUUUUGGUAUCGAAACACUCGUAGAAACACUCUUUGUCUGAAUACUGUGUGCAGUCUAACCCCCUGACCAUCCACACGGUGCAAUUUCUUGGCCACCCAACACGUAUGCUCAUCUUUUACAUACCUCUCCUCUCCCUUCUUGAACUUCAAACCAAAUAAUCCUCUUUAAUCCUCUACUCUUAAUGACAAGAUGAAUCCGUAUUUCCCUCCAACUCCGGACGCAGAGAAAUGGUCUGACCCAAAUUACUACACGCGACCAGCCCCCGUCGCACCGCCAGCUCCGUCCCCGCCCCCGGAAUACAGUGCCUACCGUCCCGAAUUCGGCGCCGGCCUAGCACCGCCUCCGCCUCCACGGCCUCUGCGCCCGGUCCGCUCGGCGACGAACCUCACUGGCGCUCAUGCACCGCAGCAGUCGGGGUUUUUGGACCCGAGGGGGAAUUACCAGGUUGAUUUUGUGGUUGAUGAGAUUCCGAGUCCAACGUCACUCACUCCGGGCCCUUUGAGUCCUGCGCCGUCAAAUGAGAUUAGAAGAGUUAAGAGCUCAUCUGCUCUAUCAGCGAGGUUGGAUGCUCAAGAAGACAAACCGAAGGAUUCGUCGAAAUGGAAGGCUGCACUUGGGGAAGCGCAGUAUUUCGCUGGUGGCCUUAUAAGUCACCCCGCAGAGUCCAACAAGCAUUUCAGUAUCAUUCGUCACUCUCACGCUCUAAUCUGGUACAGAGGUCCAGCGACUUCACUACCCAUCACCAUCCUCUCAGAUGAACCUCUUCCACCCACGAGAACUGUGUGGUUACAGCAAAAGGGAUAUUCAGGAAACAUGGGAAUGACGCUCAAAGCAAUGAUGGGAACAACUGGUACUUGGAUCGAUGUAACCCCCGCGACCAAAACAGGCGUGGAACAUAUCUCUGAAGCAGAAGAACGCGGUAUCCAGCGCGAUUUCAAGCGGUUCGUUAAAAAAGCCUCGGGGCGUAUGAAGAAACACCUCCCGAGAGAAACACACAUCAUCCGUAUCCCCGCCGCAGCAACAGACGGUUACUUCCGCCUCGUUCUCUGCUCCAACUCCGAUGGCAAAAAGGUCCUCUGCGGGAGUCCCGUAUUCCGCAUCGCCAGCACAUCCACAGACGUAAGCACCGUUCGUGGUUCAAGUCUAAGUACUAUGCCUUUGGAAAUGGGCAUCAAAGUCGCUAGCACGAUUGGUUCACAGGUUGCAAAGAAGUACACCGGCGUCGCAGGCGCAGUCGUCGAACAGGGGGCCAAAAGACUCACGCCUUCGAACGCUACUAUCAAGAAAGUCGCUACGAAAGCGUACCAUGGAAGUGGCAUUGGGAAUGCAGUUAGUGAGAGUUGGAAGAAUGGCAAGGCGGGACGUUAUGAUCCGUUGAUAUCGGGAGAAGCAAUGGAGCCGUUGACGAUACUUGGGAGUGACGAGGGACCUGAGGCGCCGUUUCCUUUCAAGUUUGCGGGCAAGGUCGUUCGAGGGACGGGCAUUUCUACUCGCGAGUUGGGUGUUCCAACGGCGAAUCUGAGUGAGGUUGGUGAUGAGGUCAAGAUGCGAAUGGGCGGUGUCUUUGCCGCAUGGGCACGCGUCCUCCCACCCAAAGAAAGCGAAGAUUUCGACGACGACUGGCACGAAGCAAUCGUCACAAUCGCACCCCUCCGCAACGCCCCUCCUGGGGUAGUUCUUCGGAACAAAGUAACAGUGCACAUCCUCCACGACUUUUCUGACACACUCUUCUUCGACCUCCGCAUGAAAGUCAUGCUAAUGGGGCACUUGCACCCCUCCUCUCCCAAUCUCACAAAUGAAGCUUUCUUGGAAGAGCAUACGCGCGAUGUCAUGACCACGACAGCGAGUUUAGGGCGGGAGAAUUGGGGCCCGGAAGUUUCUGUCUCGGCGGUCAGGGCUGUGAAGAGCGAGAAGGGGUUUAAGGAGAGGUUGGGGGAUGCGACGGGGGUGGUGCAGAGCCAGAUGGAUAGGAUACCGAAGCAUUGGGUUGGAGUUAGGAGUGAGGCUGGGGUAUUGAAGGAUCAGGUUUAUGGGAAUGGGGGGUUGUGGGUUGAGAGGUGAGAUUGAAGGUUAGAGGAGGAUAUAGUAAUGUUAAUAAAAGAGCGUGUCCAUCAAGUGUUCUGACGUUACAACGAAACAUCUAUGCAUUGCGUUUAGGGAUAGAGAAGUCAAUGGCUUUGAAGAACUCGGGCCCUCGUUUCAAAGCGCGAGGAAGCUGGUGCAGUAUGAGGCAGCUCUUCCAAAGGGGACUUGCCAAGGAGACAACUCGAACUACAUCAAGGAAACACCUCGAUAGAGGAAUAGCAGAUGCGAACAAUAAAUCCGCGUAUAGCAACUUACGAC